CUCCUGUGACCUCAUGUCCAGUUUUAAUCUCUCGUGAAGAGGCUCUCCAUGAGCUCUCCAAUAUCAAAAGUUAUUUUUCCGGUGGAAACAACUGCGACGACGAAGGCUUCGAUGAACCUUCACGAGAUACAAAUUCGCUAGAGGCACCUGCUGUUUUUCCUGUGAUCUCAUGUCCUGAUUUAAUUUUUCAUGCAGAGCCUAAACGUGAACUCUCCAACAUCAACAGUUGUUCACUCGGUGGAAAUAAAUGCGAAUACGAAGGUUCUGGUGGUUUUUCAGCAACGCAUAUUCCGUUUGAAACAUCUACAAGCUGCCGUUUCCAGCAUCACCAAUUUAGAGGCUACUAGUGAUGAGAAUAUCCUUUUCUUACUGGAGGAUAAAGCUGCAGACUUCCGCUGUGUAUUAUCAUCAAGGUCAUCGCAAUACACCCCACAGGCUUCUACUGUUCAGGAUUGGCUGACAAGAGAAAACAAUCUGAUGAUCUCUAGCGAAGGCGGACCACUACGUGUUAUAGAUCUGAACACAUUGAUCUCACCCAAUUGGCUCAACAAUAAUGUAAUUAAUAAAUACAUGAAUCUAUUAACCAGAGCCAGCGCAAGUUCUGUGCACGUCUUUGACACGAAUUUCUAUCAACAAGCAGCCGGCUCGUACAACAAUGUCAAACGGUAG